AUGGGCAAGCGUGUGACGGUCAGUAUGGAUGUGGCCAAGGUGGACGAGGUCAGCGAGUGUCGGCAGCGUGGCUACCUGCUGACCCCGAAGAGGAUUGGUUCAGGGUCGUUCUCCACGGUUUACCUGGGAGUCCCCACCCAGGAGAAAAUUGGCUGCAAUUUCCGAUUGGCUGUUGGUCUCCGAAGCAAGAAAGACAACAUGGUUGCUAUCAAGAUCAUCCCGAUGUCUCAAAUAUCACAGAACCAGGCUCGACGGUGUCUGUCCCGGGAGAUAAAUGCUCUGCAGACGACCUACAAGCACCCGAACGUGAUCCAGCUAUAUGAAACUUUCCGCUCUCCAUCCCGCCUCUACCUGGUCCUGGAAUUGGCAACUCAGGGUGAUCUUCUCCAGCACAUUAACCGAAUCUCGGAUAAGAAGAUGGCGAUGGGACUCCAGGAGGGAGAGGCCAAGCGGCUUUUCCACCAACUGGUGGGGGCCGUCUCACACUGUCACACCAAACACAUCGUGCACAGAGAUCUGAAAUGUGAAAAUAUUUUACUCGAUGAAAGAGGAUCUCUGAAGCUAACAGAUUUCGGCUUGGCCACCAGAUGCAGGAAGAACAGUCUGAUGAGCACCUUCUGUGGCUCGAUGCCGUACACAGCACCAGAGAUCCUCCAAGGCCAGAGGUAUAAGGGAGAACACGCAGACAUAUGGAGCAUGGGUGUCAUCCUAUAUGCAAUGGUUACUGGAAAACUUCCAUUUACUGAAUUCCAACCUGGUAAACUGCUAGAGGAGAUAAAAAGUGGCGUACUUUACCAUGAGCGUUUGUCAACAGAGAACGGGUCCCUGGGUACGAUUUGUUUCCUUUCUGGAUUGAUUGACAAAGCCUGCCAAGAUCUGAUCAGUAAGAUGCUACAGUGGAACCCGUCAGCCCGUCUUGCACUCAGUGAGAUCCGCACACAUCCCUGGAUGCUGCCUGCCACAUCCUUCCUCUUCCAGAAG